UCGACGAUCGGCCGACCAACCGCUCCUCUCGUCGAGACAGCCAGUCGUUUCGAGGCCGUCGAGUUGACCGGGCGUCUUACGGAAGAGUCGUGGAAGAGCCGCGUCGGUUCAUGCUGUGUGUCUUUUUCUCUCCCCAUCGCUUUCGCUUCUCUCUCACGCCUCGAUCCGUCCCUUCUUUUGUCGGGCCACCCCAUUGCGAUUUCAGUACAUCCGGCAUCGAGGACCAUGGCGAGUACCAUGAUCACGACGAUCGCGAUACUGCUAACGGUGAUCCAGGCUGCCAUGUGCAACAACAACAGCCAUGUUUCGCCGGAUCCGACUAAGUUCUUCCCCAACGUCAAAGGCAAUCUCACGAAGAUUGUCUGGGCGCACGCCGUCAAUAGCUUGGCGGAAUUGGAGAGGGCACUUUCGUCAGAGGACAUCAUGAUGCUGGAAGCUGACGUUGUUAUGGGAAAACUAAAUACUACCAAUCAGACUGAUAUCCCGAUAAUGGCGCAUCCACCGGCCGUUGAGAGCGAUCUGUCGCUCGAGAAUUUCCUCGAGAUCAACAUUCACAGUAACAACACCAAGGGCAUCAAGCUGGACUUUAAAUCCAAUUCAGCAUUCGAGAGUAGCAAGCCCAUUCUCACAAAAUUGCGAGCAAACUUGACGUUCCCGGUAAUUCUCAACGCGGACAUUCUUUCUGGACCUGUAAACGCUACUAUUACUCCGCUUAAUGCAAAAGAUUUUCUGAAAGGGGCUAACGAAACUAUGCCAGAGAGCAUCCUCUCCGUCGGCUGGACAACCAGAUAUGGAAAGGAGUUCAACAUCACCGAGGGUCGAUAUAGCUUGAAGCAGAUUCAAACCAUGAUUGAAGCUCUGAAGGAAAAUCAAGUUACCCAACCGGUAACUUAUCCCGUACGAGCCGGCCUCGUGGCAAAUGAUGUCGAUGUCAUAAAGACAUUGUUGAAGAACACGACGUUCACUAAUGCCACAUUGACGAUCUGGUCGUCGGAGGGCGAUUCCGUCGACGCCGAGAAGCUCUCGAAAUUGAUCAGAGACGUGGGAGUCGAUAAGGUCUACGUGGACGUGCCGGAAGCUUUAAAAAGCAAACUCCAACUCUCGGCCGCAUCCGCGAUGAGCGCCGCGAUGAUAAACCUGGCCGCGUCGAUGGCGCUCCUGGUUCUCUCGAGGAUGCUGUGAGGUCGUAACGUAGACGUCGAAUGUAGGACUUGUGACGAGAUUCGAGAAUAGAGGAGUCUCAAUCUCCUUUCGUACGAGUCUCUUAAUAAAGAAAGUAUGAACAAACGAUAAAGUCCGAUAACGAUCGCAUGUCGUGAAUAUUGUUUGAUUACCAUCGCGAUCGUUCGAUCGGAUUUUUGUUCGAUUCAUUGCGGCUACACUUCCUAAAAUGUACCUCUGAAGAUACUCGAUUCGUCGCAACAAUUUCCAUAAUAUAUAGAAUAUUGUCCACGCGAAAUUUUAAGUUGCUGAUAACAAUUUAUAUUUAAAAUCCGAUUAUUCAAACGACAAAAAAAGUCCGUUGAACUACAUCCUCUUAUGAUAUAUUGGACGCAAUAUAAAUCAUAACGUAAAGAAGUAUCUAUAUAAGGACGGACAUGUUUCGAAUAUUCACAUAUCGCGAGAGUAAUUUUAAUACCGUUAAAAAAAAUAUUGUAACGCUAUGUACCUAUUAUCAAUUAAUGUCGACAAGAUUUCUUAAUAUAGCAUUACGCUUUGUUAAAGAAAUACCUCUAUGUAUGAAGCGAUUAUAGAAUGACAAUCGCACAUUUAAAAAAAUCGUCGUGUAAAGAACAAGUACUCGUAAAAAAUGCGCAUUUAAUAAAUUUCUUUCAUCUAUUUUCUUAAAGUGUUAUAAAGAAAAGCGUAUUUUAUGUGUAACUUUAUAUUCUAAGUGCUACCGUGUAUCGUACUUGCCGCGCACAUUCAUCCUGUUUAAUGUCCUUUCACUGUAUUAUUCUCUAUACCUAUGUUAAACAUAUCUCCGAUCUAGGUGCAGCGGAUGAUAAUAUUUAGUCUCUACAUAAGUUACAUAUCUAAACCAAAGGAUUAAAAAUGCAGUAUACGAUACGAGUGCAUUGCGUUUGAUAACGAGUCAAUAAAAUAAUAUGUAAAAAAUUA